AUGUACGAAGAUAUUCUUUUGGUACUGCGCGAUGGUUGGGGAGAGGGAAAGUUUAAAUUUUGGGCUCAAAAGAACUUCGUGUUGGUCAAAAUUGGAGAUGCGAAUGUCAUCUACAACAAGGGCAAAGCUAGUCGGCCUAUAAUUACAUAUGAAGAACUUUAUGUUAAACUGGAUGAAUGUCACAAGCGUGUCGGCCAUCAUGGGAGGGACAAAACAUGGAGUGAAAUUAAAUCUCAAUAUUCUUGGAUUCCCUAUGAUGUCGUAAUCAAGUUUAUCAAAUUAUGCGAUGCAUGCAGUAAUCGACAGAUCUUCACAAAGUUUCCUGCUAGUAAGUGCAAUAAAGUUAUGUUUCUUCAAUCGGACAAUGGCAAAGAGUUCGUAGCGAAAGUGAUAAAAGACUUGAAAAAUACUUGGGUAGAUUUAGUCAUAAUCAACGGGAGAGCUCGCCAUCCAGAGACCCAAGGACUUAUUGAGCGGGGUAACCAAACGCUCGAGGUGGCUUUGGCAAAGUGGUUACAAUGUAACCAAUCCACUGAAUGGUCGAAGGGUUUAGGUCCUGUAACGCACGCGAUUAACACCAGCACUAAUCAUACCACGAAAAAAACUCCAUACGAAGUUGUUUUUGGACAGCUUCUACGAUCCGAUUUCGAAAUGUGGAAAAAGUUGUGUGAAGCAGGAGUAGAGGAUGAAGAGAAUCUUCCCGUUGAUUUCGUUCAGUCGUUGAAUCAAGCUGCUCAAUCUGUGAAUAGUCCAAUUACAACUGGAGUGACACAAACAGAUUCGUGUUCGAUCAGUACUGCUGCUAGUUCUGCUCUUAAUUCUAUAGUCGCGACAGUAUGUUGUGAAUCAAUUCAUUCGCAUUCUGAUUCCGACAGCUAUGGAACUGUUGAAGGUGUUUGCUUUGUGAUUAACGAAAAUGGUACUCAAGUUCCGGAUACUGAUAUAGAUGACAACAGACAUAAACGAAUUCGAGCUGCAGCAGAAGCUGAUUAUAUGAAAGCGAUUGCCAAGCGACAAAAGAUCUGUGAUGAAGCCAUGAAACAAGAACAGUAUCAGAAAGGAGAUCUCGUUGGCCUCAAAAUCGACCGUGUGGAUCGAACGAAUACAACGCCAAAAAUUCUUCCCUGCAAAGUUGUGUCAGUUCGUUCCUCUUCUAAUAAUGAUCUGUUGUAUCAAUUAUGCACGUUGCGGGGCGUUCUAUCGAUAUCUUAUGGUGUACAAGAUCUAUUGGAUCUAACUAAAUGUGAUUUUGCAGACUUACGUGCUGUGGAACCAACGACGUUACCGACGAUGACAUUCAUUCAAGCAUGUAAAGAAUAUAUUUCAGUUGGUGCGCUUAAUCUUGCAGAAGCGUGCAACUGUUCAGGAAAAUGUGCCACAAAAGCUUGCCCGUGUAAGAUUAAAGGUGUCAAGUGUUGCACGAAGUGUCAUUCGCGGAAAAAAGAUUCCUGCAUAAAUGCAAUAUUAAGUUUAACUUAA